CUUCCUCUGGCCCCGCAACCCUGGACACGGUACACACAGACCGGAGCCUUGGCUCAAAGGCAAACAGAAGAAACUGCCUGGCUCCCCAUGGCUGUGGCCAGCACCUUCAUACCGGGGCUCAACCCUCAGAACCCUCGUUAUAUCCCGGGGUACACUGGACACUGCCCACUACUUCGGUUCAGCAUGGGCCAGACCUAUGGGCAGGCGACUGGUCAGCUACUUCGAGGCCCUCCUGGCCUAACCUGGCCCCCAGUCCACCGCACACUUCUGCCUCCCAUUCGGCCUCCAAGAUCAACUGAGUUUCCCAGGGGGAGCCUGCCUCUCAGGCGUGGGCACAAAAGGCUCAGCUCCAGCAUGAUCCCUGGGUACACAGGUUUUGUACCCCGGGCACGGUUCAUCUUUGCCAAGAACUGCAGCCAGGUCUGGGCCGAGGCUCUGAGUGACUUUACUCACUUGCAUGGAAAGCAAGGGAGUGAAGAGCUGCCAAAGGAGGCCAAGGGAGAAAAGGACACAGAGAAUAACCAAGGGCCAGAGCCAGAGGGACAGCUGGAGGAGGAGCCAGCGCUGGAGGCGGCAGAACAAGCUUCUCCCUACUCCAUGGAUGACAGGGACCCUCGGAAGUUCUUCAUGUCAGGCUUCACCGGCUACGUGCCCCGUGCCCGCUUCCUCUUCGGCUCCAGCUUUCCUGUGCUCACCAACCAGGCACUGCAGGAAUUUGGGCAGAAGCACUCACCAGGCAGCGCCCAGAAACACCCCAAACAUCUCCCCCCACUUCCCAGGACAUACCCACAGAACCUGGGUCUUUUACCAAACUAUGGGGGCUACGUGCCAGGGUAUAAGUUCCAGUAUGGCCACACAUUUGGGCAUCUCACUCAUGAUGCUCUGGGCCUUGGCACCUUCCAGAAGCAGCUCUUGGCUUAGGCCCCUGGACAUCAAGUUUUCCCUUCCCUUUUCAUCUAUCCCAGCCAUCCUUUUGGAAGGAAGAAAGGUAGAAGGGAGGGUGGGGGAAGCAGGAAGAGAAAAUGGUCUGGAGGCUGAGCACCUUUUUUAUUAAUAGGUAUAAUAAAUAAAUAAAUACAUACAUAAACAGACA